GCUUAACGCCCGCGCAUAAGCCACCAAUAAAUGUGUGUUUACCUGCAUCAGUAUAAAACGCAGCCCGUCUGCCAUUUGGAUAGAUAUUCCCUCAACAACUGUCAAGCAGCUAAGAUGUCCAGCUUGAAGUCAAUUUCCGUGCUGCUGUGCCUCGCCAGCGUUUUGUUCUGUGGCUGCUUGGCACGCCCCCUUAUCGCUGACGACUCCGCUGCGAAUGAGGUCACCUCCCAGGAAACGAUUGUCGAUGAUGACUAUGGCAACAAUGAUGCAAUGCAACAAUUUGCACCUGUGGUCGGUGGCGCCUUCUACAAACAGAGACGGGCCUAUUACGCUGCUCCUCCUCAAGCGGCUCCCACAGCUCAGCUGUGGCGCAGCUCAUUUCUGCAACGCUUCUACAACUUCUAUCCAAUGGCAACCGGUGGCGGCAACUAUCUGAGCAACGAGGUGAUGCCGUUGUCCACCUACGAGAUCAUCGAACCGGAGGCAAUGUAUUAA